AAGGUGGACUACGCUGGUACGGAGUGAGAAAUUUUCUCCUAUCACAAGGUGGAGAAUCUGCAUCUCCUUCCUCCUCCUCCUCAGUCCUCCCGCAUUCUCCUCCUGUUUAAACCCUAACAACAAAAGCAGAGAUCUUUGUAGUUGGUAGGUGUAUCCAUUGUCAUUGUCGUUGCCGCCGCCGCCUCUGCCGACCACCUCCCCUUCUCUGGUGCUGCUAUUCUCGUUUGGUGUGAAACAUAUGCUCAACAUCUUGUCUAGUUCAUAAAUUUGAUACAACGACAUGGAACAGAAGAACCAGAUUGAAAGUCAAGGUAACAACACUCAUGAAAGAAAUGAGAAAUCAUCAAUCCAGCUAAAGGUUCUGUUUUUUGCCAGAGCACGGGAUUUAACCGGGUUAGCUGAUAUGCCACUAGAGGUAACAUCUGGUAGCACGGCUCGUGAUUGUUUGGAUAAGAUUGUCACUCAGUUUCCUGGCCUCGAAGAAAUUCGAGGGUGCAUGGUGCUGGCUUUGAACGAGGAGUAUGCAUCUGAGUCAGCUAUUGUUCAGCAUAGAGAUGAAUUAGCCAUUAUACCACCAAUAAGUGGAGGGUGAUAAUAAUUCCCUUGUAUUUUUGAAAUUCUUGUAACUCUUUGUAUAAAAUAAAAAGUGCAAAUAAUCCCUUGAUCAAUUUGAUAUGAAAUGCAAGCUAUCGACUUUGUUACAGA